AUGACCACCGUUGGCCCGACGCCCAAUUCUCCGCCCGAGCUCUCCGGGUCCAAAUCCUCCAAAUCCUCCUCGUUUCAUUCAUCGUCCCACCUGGACGGCCCGGACAGUAUAUUCACAGAUAUCUCGAACUUCGAAGAAAUCGGCUUGGAGGAUGAUGCCGAGAUAUCCUACGUGGACCCAGCGGGAUCCUAUGGCCGCGCUGGGGCAAUGGCACGGUCGCCCGCUGCUAGAAUGAGCAAGACCCCCACGGCCUCUACACGCGACCUGACCGCUACCCCGAAGCCUCGAAAGCGGAGUCCGUUACCUCCCAUGCAGGUCAAUGGAGCAAUCAAGACUCCCCAAUCUGCAGGCUCCCUUUCGGCAAGACCUGGCAAACGCAGAGAUUCGAGCAACACACGCCAUUCUCCAGGGUUGACCCCCUCUCAGCCUCGUCGAUCGCGGUCAAUCUCACCACUCCGACCCACGUCCAGCCGCUCCGCCUCAAGCACCAGCUUAGCUCUGUCUCCGCUGUCCGCGCGCGUACCUGUCCAGAAACAAACCUGGCAGCCGAAUCGCAAGUCCCUGAAAGACCUGGAGGAGGAAUACCAUGACUCGGACGAUGAACUGCCAGACGAUGCAAGCCUGUGGAAUAUUCCUAUCUCUCCACGCCCUCAGCAGGAUCGCACCCUGUCAAGGCCUGCCAGUCCCAACGGCGGACGCAGUCCCGGCCGGCGCCCAUUGCCCUUUUCGCAUACCAUAUCCGAAACGCACGUGCCACUCGCACCCGAGAAUACGGCCAAGGCAUCCCGCAUGAAGCGAAUACAACGAUCGAGCUCCGCAGGUCCUGAGCGCGGUCAGAUCUCGCCUCGCAAUCCUCGCGCCUACUCGUACAACAGUUAUAUGUCGGAUUUGUCCGAGGAAGCUAAGAUUAUUACGGAGGCUCUUGAGCUGCAUGCGGAUGAUAGAGAUCGUCAGCGUGAGGAGAAUGUGCAAACUGGCGCCUCGCGAAAGUCUAGCGAAGACUCACACCGAGCGUCUCGCGAUGCUGUUGCGUUGCCGCCUCUGCAGAAGAGCAAUAUCAUGAUCGACCCGUUGCCGAUUAGCAAGGAGAAAGAGAAAGUUCUCACGCGGACACGGCCUAGCUGGCUUCCGCCUAAGGAUCAGAAGGAGGAAAAGAAGCAUUUGAAGCAAUAUCAGCAGAUGAUGGCCCAGUCUCGAGAGACUGAGAAACGUAAAGCUGCCCGGGAUGCCUCCGCGCAGUGCGAGAAGGACAGCACCCGAGUAACGCUGCAAAACAUCUGGGAUGAAUACGUAUACCCUAAUUGGGACCGCGCUCUCCGCGAGCCUCGAAUCCGGGAACUCUGGUGGCGCGGAAUCCCACCUCGCAACAGAGGAAAUAUCUGGAAACGCGCCCUCGGUAACGAACUAGCAUUAAACGAAGAGACUUACACCAAAGCGCUCCAAAGAGCGAAGGAUCUAGAAUGCAGGAAAGACGCAGAAGGCGAGAACAACAAACGACUACUGGACUGCUUUGAAGCUAUCAAAACAGACGCCCCGAAGGCCUUCUCAGACCUCAACCUUUUCCAAGAAGGUGGUCCAUUACGGGAUACGCUCAUCGACGUCCUUCAAGCAUACUGCAUGUACCGCAGCGACGUAGGCUAUAUCUACGGCCUACACACCAUCGCCGCCCUCCUCGUCCUCCAGUUCCCAACACCAGCAUCCGCCUUCCUCGCCAUGGCCAACGCUCUAAACAGACCCCUCCCUGUUGCAUUCCUAACCUGGGACCGGGGUGCCAUGGCCCGCUCUUACACCCUGGCAACAGAUACCCUGCGCUACAAAUUCCCCCGCCUCUUCGCCCACCUCACGGAAACCCUGCAUCUCUCCAACGAAGAAAUCUGGGAACCAAUCUUCCGCUCACUCCUGACAAACGGCCUCGAUCUCGAGCGCCUCUCCCGUGUCUGGGAUUGCUGGGUCUUCGAGGGUGAUCGCAUCAUGAUUCGCUCGGCUGUUGCUGUUCUUGGCUGUCUGCAGACUCAGCUAUUUUCCUUCAACCAGCCAGAUGACCAGUCUCGCAUUGCCGUCCGUGAUAUUAUCGGUUGGGGACCUCGCUCGCUCGGUGCUAGUCAGAAACCAAAGGAUCGCCAUAGUGCUCCUGCAGCCUCUGGCUUUGGCGGUGGAUCCAUUGAGAAUCCCGGUGUCGCUGAUUAUUGGGUCCUUUCCUCUGCUGGUGAUGAGGAUGGGUUUAUGAAUGCUGUGAGAGAAGCUGGGAAGGUCCGCAAUUGA